AUGGCGGACGCUCCACGUAGCCCGAAAUCUCCUAAGACACCACAAAUAUCUCCUUUGUCGCCACGUCAAAACAAUGCAGAAUCUUGUUAGUAAAAUGAUUACUGUUUAAGGCUAAUAAUUAUUCAUUUCAUCUGGUUAUUUACGGCAGAGAUACUGAUUUGAAUAUAUUUCCUCAGUUCAUUGGGAUGCCGAAAUGGACAGUGAUUCCCUCUUUUCCAGUCACACUGUUGAAGAAAUCCGAGCCGUAGAGCACAAAACGAGG